CAAUAUUUCUACUUGGGGUUUUUUUCUCUUUCUAUACCAUGUCGCCAAUACAAAUGGUAGACAAUGAGUCUGCAAAGAAGAAGACGACGACGCCAGUCAAACCGCUUUCCAAAAAAUUGCCCUCCAAAACUCCUAUUACGCCCGUAAAACCUGCCACUGCCACGACUCCAGUGAAAAAACCAACAACGACGCCGCCCUCCUCCUCAAAGCCCAUCGGAGCUUUAGGAUCUGCAUCAAUCAAGAAGCAACCCAUAUCCAAGCCUUCUUCUUCUACGACUGGCAUAUCACCGCCACCGCCAGUAGUCGUCAAAGCUGCUCCCGUGAAGAAGAAAACUCCAUCAACACCAUCCACAACGCAAUUGCCGAUUAACAAGAGCAGUCCCACGAACAGCAGCGCAGGGAAACAGCAGCAACAGCAACAGUCCACCGAAAAAACUUCUUUUCAAAAGCAAGAAACUGGAAAGAAAAAACCUAUUCCACCUCCUAUUCAAGCCCAGAAUAGAAAACCCAAUGUUGCAAAUGCUACUGCAACUGCUGCUGCUGUAGGGAAUAAAGGUGUUGGAGGAAGAGUAGGAGGAGGAGGAGGAGGAGGGAGUAUAGCUCUUCUCGACAAAGCCCCCAAAACCCGUACCGCAACAGCAACGAAAAAGAUCAAUCAAGCCGGAGCAGGAGCCACGCAGACCUCCAACGAUGCAACGACAAAUGUGGGAAAAUUGACGAACGAUACAGUCCAGAACAUCAAACGCACAACGGAUUCUGCCGUGGGAGAUGUGGCAACUACGGUGAAGGAUACGGGGAAUGCGAUUGGGAAGAGAGAUGUCAGAGGUGUUGGAAAAGGGGUUGCGAGAGGUGCGGGAAAGACUCUAUCGGGAGUGGGACAAGGAGCUGGCGCGACAGUAUCCGGUGUCGGAUAUGGCGCAGAUGCCACAAUUUCUGGGCUAGGAAAAGGUGUCAAUGCAACACUCGGCGGCCCCAUCGGCUCAGCCGCCCAGAAUACAACUUCUGGCAUCGGCAAAACCGUCUCGGGCGUAACUUCCGGUUUGGGACAAACCAUUGGCGAUACCACUCGCGGAAUCGGUAAUUACGACGUCAGUAAUACGGUCGGAGGAGCCACGGGGGGUGUAGGCAAAACCGUCACAGGAGUCGGUCAAGGACUCGACGCCACUGUCAGUGGAGUAGGCAAGACUGCAGGAAAGUAUAUCCCAGGUCGUCGAGUCGGAGGGACAGUAGAAGGUGUGACGAAGGGGGUUGGUGGGACGCUAUCGAACGUCACAACCGGUCUCGGAGACGGUGUCGGAAAACUGGGAAAAGGUAAUGUGAUGGGUUCAGUCGGUUCGAUUGGUGGCGGGGUGGUCAAAGGAGUCGGUGCCCUCGGAGGUGGAAUUUGGGAGGGUGUGAGUGGGAAAAAUCGGGAGAAGGUGAAGCCGGUUGGGGAGGAAGUAUCUGAAGAUGAUGAGGGUAAGUCGGCUUCUGCAGAUCAGGGGAUGCAAAGCCGCAGCGGCGGUAGUGGGGAGAGGAGCUUUUUUUUGAGAGGGGGAUAUGCGGACCAUGUGUGCUAAUUGUUGGGUUGGAGAGGGAAAAUGGAGAAUAGUUGGAGGGGCAAAAGAAAAGACAGUGCUCAGUUUUCCUAGACAGAGACUUGGGUCUUGAAGUGGGGAGGACGGAGGUGAUAUCCAUAACAGCAGCAGAACCAUAACGACAGUGAAAAGAAAACACAGAAAGGCAGAUUUUCGG